GGGAACAUGAUUUCAAACAGCAGACAUCAGACUCGGAGAAGCUACACAGUUUUACCAUGCUUCAUAUUAGUUGAGAUGGUGAUCAUGGCAGGGGCCGUGAUGCUGGCUUAUUACUUCGAGUACACGGACACCUUCACGGUCAACGUGCAGGGCUUCUUCUGCUACGAGGGCUCCUACCGCAAGCCCUACCCGGGCCCGGAGGACAGCAGCGCCGUGCCCCCGGCGCUCCUCUACGCGCUGGCCGCAGGGGUCCCGGUGCUGGUGAUAAUCAUUGGAGAAACUGCAGUGUUUUGUCUACAGCUAGCUACAAGGGAUUUUGAAAACCAAGAAAAAACCAUAUUAACUGGAGACUGUUGUUAUAUAAAUCCACUGGUGCGCAGAACCAUCCGAUUCCUUGGAAUCUAUGCAUUUGGACUGUUUGCUACAGAUAUCUUUGUAAAUGCUGGACAAGUAGUAACAGGGAAUCUAGCACCACAUUUUCUUGCACUUUGUAAACCCAACUAUACAGCACUUGGAUGUCAACAGUUCACACAGUUCAUCAGUGGUGCACAUGCCUGUACUGGAAACCCAGAUCUUAUUAUAAGAGCCAGAAAAACAUUUCCAUCCAAAGAAGCAGCUCUUAGUGUAUAUGCAGCUACGUAUCUGACUAUGUAUAUUACCAACACAAUAAAAGCCAGAGGAACAAGGCUUGCAAAACCUGUUCUGUGCUUAGGCUUAAUGUGUUUGGCAUUUCUUACUGGUAUCAACAGAGUAGCCGAGUAUCGAAAUCACUGGUCAGAUGUGAUAGCAGGAUUUAUAAUUGGAAUAUCAAUAGCAGUGUUUUUGGUUGUAUGUGUGGUAAAUAAUUUUAGAGGAAGACAACCAGAACAUGAAAAUUCUCAUAUGGAUAAUCUGGCCCAGAUGCCAAUGAUCAGCAUCCCUCGAGUAGAAAGUCCUUUAGAAAAGAACCACAUCACGGCCUUUGCAGAAGUCACAUGACGAUGAAGCGGCCAUGUAUUCACUACACUGGACAUCAUCUCUUUUCACAGUCCACUCAUAAUAACUGAAGCGUAUUGCAAAGAAGAGAGUAAAAAUUGUCUGAUUUAUAACUUGAUUUUUACGACAUUAAAACUACAUCAACAUUUGAAAACUGCUUCUUAAAUAUUAAAAGUUCAAUUUACUUUCCAACAAAAGCAUUGCACCAUUAUUUAUGUAUUUAUUUAUGGAGUGGGGGGGUGGGAAGGAAUCUGAACACUAGUCAUGUUGUAUGACAAUGCCCUCUCUAGCCUUUUUUUGGCUAUUUAUCAUUUUAAUUAUUCAUAUAUGUAUUCAGCAGUACAUCAUUUUCUGAUUGAUUUGGAUUUUUAAAAUCUGAGUUUUUAAUUCAGCAUGACAUUGUUUCCAUUUGAGCAGAUUUCAGUGUAUGACAUUUUUUUAAAAAUUAUGUUCUGUACUAAAAUGCUGUUUGCUCAUUAUAUUAUGCUGUAUUUCACUUAAGAUAUCAUUCAUACCAUAUGUUACAUGUAAGACUGGUGCUUCUGCUUUUGAAGAGAAAAAUGCUAAUUUUUACUGUAAUAAGUAUUGUAUCAUAAUUAAAAGUUUAUUUGGAUAUUUUCCUGACUUAA